AUGUCAUCUUGGUUAUUUGGAUCAUCGUCAUCAUCAUCACAAUCUAGCAAAGAUGCUACCUCUACUAAUAAUGACAAUAAUAAUGAAAAAUUGAAACAAACAUUGGGAUUUGAUCCUUCAUCAGUUACUGAUGUCUCCAACAUAUUGAAAGCUCCAGGAAUUUUCGAUUCGUCUAGAUUACAUCCUUUGGCUGGAUUAGACAAGGGCAUUGAAUAUUUAGACUUAGAAGAUGAACAAUUGAACAAUGUCGAGGGUUCUCAAGGUAUAAUUCCAUCUAGAAGUUGGAGUGAUGAUUUAUGUUAUGGUACUGGGGCAGUUUAUUUAUUAGGUUUAGGCUUUGGUGGUUUAUAUGGUUUACAAGAAGGUAUUAACAAUAUUCCAAAAGGUGCUCCACCAAAAUUACAAUUAAACACUAUUUUAAAUCAUAUAACUAAAAGGGGUCCUUUCUUAGGUAAUUCUUCUGGUGUUAUUGCAAUGACUUAUAAUAUUAUUGACUCUACAUUGGACGCUGUUAGAGGUAAACAUGAUGAUUUAAAUUCUCUUGGUGCUGGUGCAUUGGCUGGUGCAAUUUUCAGAGCCAGUGCUGGUGUUAAACCAAUGUUUAUCUCUUCGGUGUUGGCUACUGGAGCUGCUGGAGCUUGGUGCGGAAUUAAGAGAUAUUUACAAUAA